UCUUCUAAAAUAGUCACACUCACACCAAAUGAUUCCUACCAAACAAGAAAAAAGAACAAUCGUCAAGUAAUCUGACAAGGGGCAUUACUUGUAAGUUUAUAACUCUCCACAUACUCGUAACGACCGGACGAUUCAAGUCCCUUUUAGAGUCUUUGAUGAUCCUCUCUCUCUUGUAUUCACUCUUCCCCUCAACCUUUGGAUUCUCCUCGCGACUUCUCUCUUUUGGAUUCGCCGUUGGAGGUACUGUAGACUUUAAGAACUGCUCUACCAUUUCAUUUCUAAGUGUUGCAAAAGAGGAUGAGUACAGAUCUUGUUAGAGAAGAUGAUGUUGAGGAGAAUCCUUCUUCCGUCUCUUCGAGAAUGGAGCUAAAACGGAUUCAUCAGUGGCUGACACAAGAAGAGUCCCCCGGUUCAGAACUAUUCAGUAAUAAGAGACAAGUGGUUGAGACUGAUAGUGGUUCCCGGACGAGUUUCUUAACUCCUCCUCUUAUGUCUGCUUGGGACAGCUCACUUGUGCCUAAUUGCUUAUUCCAUCCUGCUAAUUUGCAGCAUUCAUCAGAUCUCCUCGGUAGAAAUUUCUCUCCUAUAGACCAGGAUGUGCUUCAUGGUUGCUCAUUUAAUCUUGACACCAUUAGAAAGGUUAAUAAUGACAAUCAAGUGUGUGAAUCUCGAAACAUGCCCCAAUCCAUGGUUCAGUUUUAUGGUGAGGGAGUUUCAAGAUCAUUUGAAACAGGUCCGCUCUCCUUUGGUCAAACCUGCAGUAGUAUUGACAGGAGCUUCACCUUGCCAGGGCCAAACUUGAGUUAUGAUAAAGGAGAUGAAAAUGUCUUCUCAAAUGGAGUAGAAAGCUUUGCUUUGUUGGGUCAGUCUCUUCGAAAGGCUGAUUAUAACAUAUUCUCUUAUGACAAGGGACAUGAGAACGUCAUGUCUCUUCUCCCUUGCGACAAAGCAUCUGAAAACCUUUUCAUGAUCGAACCACCCUACCACAAAGAUAAUGCCAAUGUUGUGUUCUCACAAGGCUGUGAGAUGGCAUUUAUGGUUCCUAGCCAAGAAAAAGCAGACCAGAACAGUGAUCAAACUAGUCAAGAGGCUAGAAGACGGACAAUGGUGUCUUCAGUUCCUGUUAUUACCAGUUUUGAGAACUUCAGCCAUUCUCCAGCAGAGGACAACAUGUCUUUUCAGUAUCCUCCUUACGCCAAUAGCUCUAGAGUUGAUACAUUGCUCGCCCCCAAAAGUAAAGAUUCAAAGACAGCUAAGAAGGGUUCCUCCACAAACACAUUCCCUUCAAAUGUUAAGUCCUUGUUGUCAACAGGAAUGUUUGAUGGGGUUACUGUCAAGUACUACUCCUGGUCACGUGAGAAAAAUCUCAAAGGAGUUAUAAAGGGGACUGGGUAUCUAUGUGGUUGCAGCAACUGUAACCUUAAUAAAGUUCUUAAUGCGUAUGAGUUCGAGCAGCAUGCUAAUUGCAAGACAAAACACCCAAACAAUCACAUUUACUUUGAGAACGGAAAGACCAUUUAUGGCGUUGUUCAAGAGCUGAAGAAUACGCCUCAGGAGAAGCUGUUCGAUGCUAUUCAAAACGUAACGGGAUCUGAUAUCAACCGUAAAAAUUUCAACACAUGGAAAGCAUCGUAUCAAGUCGCUAGCCUUGAACUUCAGCGUAUCUAUGGGAAGGAUGCUGUAGUCACUUUGGCAUCUUGAGAAGGAGGAGUUGUGAACUGGGAGGGUUUUUAUGUUGUAAGUGUAAUCAGUUCUUGUUCUCUGUAACUAUGAUGUCUUGUCUGGUGAGUUUAGUUUAUCUUUGAAGUAUUUAAACUUCUGCAAGCACUCCAAUAUUUCUGAAGAUGCAGAUAGCUUCUUUGAGACUUUAUGCACACCGCAUUGCUUGCUCUAGUUCUGGUGGACUAUACUAUUAAUACUACUAUUAAAAUUGUUCUGCAAUA